CCCACGCCCAACCUGGGCCGGCCGCUGUACCAUUUCGCUGAGGUCGAAUCACAUCGAGCAGCACGCAUGGGACGCUGAGCAGCAGCACAUAGACGACACACGCCGGUGUUAUGGGCCGCGGCGGGCAGAAAGCGGCGCCGGGCAACCCCCUCACCAGCAGGCGUUGGUCCAAGGGCGAGGACCUGCGCCCGCACACGCCGCAGGAGUAUGAUGAUGACCUCAACAACCUCUGGGUCGUGCAUGGAAGGCGCUACGACCUGGCGCCCUUCCGGGACGUCCAUCCGGGCGGCGCGACGGCGCUCGAUUUGUGCCGGGGCAGCGACGCGACGCGGCUCUUCGAGCAGUUCCACGUCAUGAACGACAAGCACCGCAAGGCGCUCAAGAAGUAUGAAGUGCGUGAGUACAAGCGGUCCGAGAGCCCCCCCGGCGUCGAAGACACGCCUCCUAAGGACAGCGAGCGCAGCGCCUUCCACGAGGACCUGAAGGCGAUGCUGCGACGGCACUUUCCGGAUUUAUAUGAUGGCCACAAGUGCACCUACCAGCACGCGGCGUGUCUCGGGGCGACCUUCGCGGCGUAUGGUGUUGGAUGGGUCGGGUGGUGGCGCGGCGAAGUACUGACAGGAGUGUUUUUGUUAGGACUGUGCGCCUGGCUCAUCAUGGCCAAUUUAGCACAUGACGGCUCGCACCACGCCGUGUCGCGCAAAGCCUGGAUCAAUGAGAUUUCACUACUGACCUCGUCACCGUUACUCUACAGUUACGGAAGCUGGUACCAGCAGCACUGUGCGUCUCAUCACUUAGAAACGAAUGAUCCGGAUCUCGAUGUCGACGUGCAGCACCACCCCUUCGCGCGGUGGGAGCGGAGCAUGUGGAAGGACCAUAACCUCACGGGUUGGAUCAACCUAUUGUGGCACUUCACGGCCUUCCUCGUGUCGACGGCGAACAUGUCGCUCACGCACCCCUGGAAAUUUGUGUUUGUUCCCUGGGUGAGAAGGCACCUAGGCUUGGAAUUGCCACCCUUCUUCGGCGCCGACAACGUCGAAUGGGCCGCGAAACAGAAGAAGGCCAACAAACACGCGCCCCACGAGCUAGCAUUUUUCAGAGUGUCAGGAAGGAUGCAUAGAACAGGAUUCUUCGACGGCUGGCGCGGGCUGCUGAGUGUGUUGGGGUUCGUUAUGUCCGUGGCGUUCGUCACGGUGCCCUUCUUCCGCUUCGACACGAUAGGAAGAAAACUACUGUUUGCGCUUGGGCCCUACGUCGUCACGUCGGCCUUCUUCUUCACGGUGACCCAAAUUUCGCAUGUGCAGGCCGAGUGCCAGCGGCCCGACCCGACCAAAGACUUCUUCCAGCACCAGGCUCGCACGUCGCUGGACUACGGGUGCACGUCGGAGUUCUGGCGCUUCGCGACGGGCGGGUUGAAUGUGCAAAGCAUCCACCACGUCAUGCCGGUCGUGAACUCGUGUCAUUAUGCCAAGUUGUACCCGGAGUUCUACGCGCUCUGCGAGAAGUACGACUGCGCGCCGGCGACGGAGCCCCACAUUUUGAGUGCGGGCUACCGGCACCUGAAGCACGUCUACGACCUCGGCGAGCUGUACCGCGGGCCGGACUACUCCGACUAGAUCGACUCUGUUAUUAUGCAUAGUAAUUAUCGCAUUGAAU